AGGACCGCGGAGCGGAAACAGCGUGUGGGGGCGGCAAGGAUCCGGUGUUGACUGGGUGUCGGGAACGGGGCCGGCUGUUGUGACUGUUGAGGUCUUGGGAACAUCUAAUUUCUAGCACAAGUACAGCAAAAAAGAAUGGAAGAGAAGAAGAAAGAGGAGACAUCAGAAGAGCAAUUUACAGCUUUUCCAGAAGUCUUGCUAGAAUUUCUAGUUGAGACAAAAGAAGAUGCAGUUGAUCAGCUUUUGUUUGAUCUGAAACAAGUGGAAAAAAAGAACAAAGAAUAUCAUGAAAAAAACGAGCUUCUGAAGAAAGAAUGGCAAACGCAGCUCAGGCGCAUAAUAACACAUCUAGAAGACGAGGAGAAAGAACUGGAUGAAAAGGAGGUUGUAACUAGGGAUGAUGUGGAAGAGUCACUGAAAACCAAAUGUCAGUAUGUUAAGGACAAAGAACAACUUCUGAAAGAUCAGCAGUCCCAAAUUGAAGAAACUCAACAAAGACUUUUAGCAAAGCAGAAAGAAAGAGAUUACUGGUUGGAGUAUAAAAAUGUGGAAAGAAAAGUACAGGCCAUCAAGAUUAUAAAUCUGGGAAAAGACAUUAAGGAAGUAAAAGAUGAUCUUAACAGAGCUAAAGAACAUUAUAGAAACACUUUAAAAGCAGUGCAAGAGGAAAAGGACCAACUGCUUGAGAAGCACGUGGAGACAAGUAACGAACAGGCCCUUGAGAAUGCUGUAAGAUACUUACACAAGAACAUUUGUGGGGAAAUUGAGGAGAAUGCGUGGCUAAAAGAAGAGGUUAAGAUAUACCAAAAAGAAGUAAGUGAUUUGAAAGCCUCUGUUCAGCUCCUGGAAGAAGAAAAUACCCGUUUAGUGACAAAACUGAUUGACAGCAGACUUCAGAAUCUGAGACUACCCAGGCGUUCAUUUCUUACCCAGGCAACUGGUCUGCAAGAUGAAUUUCCUAAGGAUGAAAUGAAGGCAGUAGAGUGUAAAGAAUAUGUAGCAAAAGCAGAUGGAGAGAAAAGCCUCAGAGGUGCCACGGUCCCCUGUCCAGAAAAUAAGACCUUUUUAGAGACUGAGUCUAAAAUAGAGUCUGAGAAGCCUCAAGACAGUGAUGAGGAGCUGCAGGUAAAGCCUUUCCCUCCAACUCUUUACAGCUUGUUGUAUGAAGAUGAAAAAGACCUCCAGCUCCAUUUGAAUGGCCACUUUUUAUGUAAUUGCACAAAAAUAUUCUUUCUUCUUAAGGAAUACGUAAAACUGGAUCCUUUGGAGACAAACCUGAUGUUUGUGGUUGGAAAAGCCAUGCCUAUUCAUAAAGAACCAGAAGAAAUGCCAAGUAUUGGUGAGAGAGAUGAUGUUGCUGGUAAACCAGAUGGGCACAUCACAGCUCAGAUGAUCAGGGCUCUAUGUCAAAGAAAAGGUUGA